CCAGGCCAGCUCCGCAUGCUGCAGCUGCCCCCGGGCGCCCCCGAGGCGGUGGCGCAGGGAGGGGCCCGACGCGCGCACGUGGCCCCGGUGGCCGCCAUGGCGGACAGCGAAACAGCGGGGGGCGCGGCGUUGGCGGCCCCGGCCCCAGGGCCGGGCAGUGGCGGCCUAGGACCACGCGGAGAGGGCCCGGGCGGCGCGGACGAUGAGGGCCCAGUGAGGCGCCAAGGGAAGGUCACCGUCAAGUAUGACCGCAAGGAGCUACGGAAGCGCCUCAACCUAGAGGAGUGGAUCCUGGAGCAGCUCACGCGCCUCUACGACUGCCAGGAAGAGGAGAUCCCAGAACUGGAGAUUGACGUGGAUGAGCUCCUGGACAUGGAGAGUGACGAUGCCCGGGCUGCCAGGGUCAAGGAGCUGCUGCUUGACUGUUACAAACCCACGGAGGCCUUCAUUUCUGGCCUGCUGGACAAGAUCCGGAGCGUGCAGAAGCUGAGCACACCCCAGAAGAAGUGAGGGUCCCCGACCCAGAAGAAGUGAGGGUCCCUGACCCAGGAGAACGGUGGCUCCCACAGGACAAUCGCUGUCCCCCAACCUCGUAGCAACAGCAACACCGGGGGACCCUGCGGCCAGGC